GGAGCAAUCCAAGGAGUGUUGUUGUAUUUGUCCAAAUAUGUGCUAAACCACGUCACUGCUCACAUCGCAUUCAAUCACACUCUUCCUCAGCAGCACCAUUCUUCAUCCUCCCAAGUCUUUUGGGUCCACUCCCAGUUUCCAGUUUUCUACACUAUGGCAUUACACGGGCUGGUCAUCUUUCUCGGUCUGCUGCUUUUUCUUGAGAUGCCGUGUUCUUUAACAAUGGUCAAUUCUGAUUGCCCAUUAGAUCUAAGUCAGUCUAACUUUACACCGGCGGCCUCAAUUUGCUCCACCAAGGAAGAAAGAGGGAACUGUUGCCGCUACAUUAAUGCCUUAAUUGCUGUUUCUGUUGCUCGAUAUGCAAAUCUGACAAGUAAUCUAGGGGUUAGUCUGGACUCAGUUGAGAUCUGCCUCCGUACAAUAUCAGCAACAUUGGAUUUGUAUGGAGUAACAAGAAAUGCAACUGUCUUUUGUGGCUUUGGGACUAAAAUUCCUGUUAAUUAUGAUUGCCAAGGUCGAACAACUGUUAAUCAGAUGCUACAAUCUCCAAAGUUUACAGAUGUUGAAGAAAAUUGCAGAGUGCCAUUGAGAUUGGAAAGUGACUGCAGGAAGUGUUUAAAUUCUGGCAUUCUGUAUCUUCGAAAUCUUAUUGGUCUGGCAGCAGAUAAUAUGACCUUGAGCACUUGCAGGGAUGCAACCUUUGUGGCUCUUGCAAGCAAAGUUGAUAAUGUGACAAGUAUUAAUAUUGCAAGCUGUUUUUUUGGGGUCCAAGGAAUUCUUAUCCCUCCAGUGUUGUCUCCUUUGCUGUCUCCACAAACCUCACCAAGUCCACCCGUUCCUGCUAGCAGCCCAAGUCAGCUUUCCUUGAGUGCACCCCUUAAGGACAAAGGCCACCCCUACCACCUGACAUUGGUCCCAGGUAUUGGCAUUGCCAUUACCGUAAUGGCCUUGGUGAUGCUAGCUGUCUUAAUCUUUCUUAUCCGUACAAAAAACGAAGAGCUAGACUCUUCUGAUACAUUUGAUAGGACCUGUCCAAAAGUUUUUCACCAUCCUACAAGGAAGCUUCAGGAAGGUCCUCCCUGUACAUUCAGAAAAUUCAGCUACAAGGAUACAAAGAAGGCAACAAAUUAUUUUAGCACCAAAAUUGGGGAAGGAGGAUUUGGCACAGUGUACAAAGCUGAGUUUGAGGGUGGUCUUGUGGCAGCAGUAAAAAGGAUGAAUAAAAUCUCAGAACAAGCAGAGGAUGAGUUCUGCAGAGAAAUAGAGCUCCUUGCUCGGCUACAUCAUCGUCAUCUUGUUGCUUUGAAAGGCUUCUGCAUUGAGAAACAAGAGAGGUUUCUUGUAUAUGAAUAUAUGGCAAACGGAAGCUUGAAAGAUCAUCUUCACUGUCCUGAUAAAACUCCCCUUAGCUGGCGUUCAAGAAUUCAGAUUGCCAUUGAUGUUGCAAAUGCUUUGGAUUACCUUCACUUCUAUUGUGAUCCCCCUCUGUGCCACAGGGACAUCAAGUCAAGCAAUAUAUUACUUGACGAGAACUUUGUGGCAAAGGUUGCAGAUUUUGGUCUUGCGCAUGCUUCAAAAGAUGGUUCCAUUUGCUUUGAACCUGUAAAUACAGAUAUUAGGGGGACUCCAGGUUAUAUGGAUCCUGAGUAUGUAGUGUCCCAAGAGCUUACAGAAAAAAGUGAUGUAUAUAGUUAUGGGGUUGUAUUACUAGAGUUGCUGACUGCAAGACGAGCAAUACAGGACAACAAAAAUUUGGUAGAAUGGUCUCAAGCAUAUAUGACAUCAGAGUCACCGAUAACUGAGCUUGUUGACCCCAGAAUUGGGGAUGCUUUCGACUUUGAUCAACUUCAAACUGUCGUAGGAAUUGUUAGAUGGUGCACUCGGAGGGAAGGGCAAGCAAGGCCUUCAAUCAAGCAGGUCCUGAGGGUUUUAUAUGAGUGUGCAGAUCCAUUGCACAGCAGCUUUGUUGAAGCAGUUGAAGAUGGAGAGUAUAAUGGAAGCGGAAGGAUGAGCAGCAGUAAACUGCAUAGGGGUGAGGGAAUCUUUCAUAGUGGGGAUGGAAGGUGCCUGGCUUCUUCUUCAAGCACAUCUAGGUCUCAUUGUAGCAGAAGCUUUCUACUCAACUCUCCACAGUCUCCUUCCAACUUACCAUCUAUUUGAGACUUUUUAUUCAGCUCCUUGGCAAGAGACAGCACUGUGUAUUCACAAAGUUGUGAGCUGGUGGUAAAUGCAGUGAUUCAUUUAGCUGGAAGGACAUCUUGGUUUCAUACGAGUGCGAGCAUUAUCCUGUUCUAAACCGGCUAGCGACGUCGCGGACAAUGGAGAAGCUUGCAAUUGUUUUUUUUUAUUCCCCAUUGCUAUAUUGAUUUCUAGGGCUACCUCUGAUGCAAAUGGUAAUUCAGAAUGCUACGCCCUUGCAAUUUUGGGGAACAAUGAGAUUGUUGAGAAGCUUUGUUUGAGUUUUCCUUCUUGGUAUGUCAAAUGGCAAUGGCAUGGUACUUGUAGGUUAAAAAGAAGCAUCAUUAUAUGUGAUUCUUUUGGGAGGUAGAAUGCACCUUCUCUCGUGUUAUGGAAGCAUAAUGCUUCCGCCGUCACUAGUAAAGUCGUAAUGAACUCCUUUUUCCUA